AGGUUUGUGAAAUUAUCCCUAACUUUCCCUACCUUGAAGUUCUUCUCUGCAAUAAAGUUCGUUCAUGGCUGUUCUUCUUCCCUAAUAAUUCUUCCUCGGGUGACGAAUUAACAUCAAAAUCUUUAUGUUAGUCCGAUUGUUUCUUUAUUGGAUGCUUUGUGAAAGGACAUAGACUAGUUUUUCUUCGUUAAAGGACAUUUUUUUGGGUAAAUUUCAUUUCGAUCAGUUUACCUUGUUUUCGCUUGCAGGACUUGCCAAUUGCAAAGGCCAUUUAAGCGAAAAGUGACAAUUGUGCUGAAAAAGGCAAGCAUCUGAUCUUCAGAAUCUGUGCAUUUUUGCUGCAACUGAUAAGUCAUAUACAGUUCAGAAUUCUUUAGUUUGGUUGAAGACUCAAUCUUUUCUGAAGGUAUAUGUGUUUGACUACAUAUACUGCAGAAGCACUCUGUUUGGUCGAAGACUCAAUCUUUUCUGAAGAGCAUGUGGUGAAGUCAUUGGUUGCUGUAGGAUUUAACAAUGUCCAGCUGCAUGAUCAAAUAUCAUUGGGCAAUCCCAAUGAUAGCACUGGCCCCUCGACUAUCUGUCCGUGGUUUUUGGGUUACCCAAUUUGUUGUCAAAUGCAACAGGGAUGUAGCCUCAGUGGCUACUGCUUCAAGCCUCCCUUGGUCCAAUUCUGAGUCUAGUAAAUCAGAUGCAGUGACUGUCGCAACUAACAAGAAGUAUGGGAGUAAGCAGGUUAUUAGUGUUACUCCGCGGCUCUACAACUACAUAUUAAACAAUGUUAGAGAGUCAAAGAUAUUGCGUGAACUUAGAGAGGAGACCUCAGCUAUGCAUGGUAGUCAGAUGCAGGUUUCUCCUGAUCAAGCCCAACUACUCAGUAUGCUUGUCCAAAUCCUGGGAGCUAAAAGGUGCAUUGAAGUUGGGGUUUACACUGGAUAUUCAUCUCUGGCUAUUGCUUUGGCCCUGCCAGAAGGAGGUGAGUUAAUUGCAUGUGAGAGAGAUGCAAAAUCACUUGAAGUUGCCAGAAGAUACUACAAGCGUGCUGGUGUUUCACACAAGGUUGAUGUGAAACAUGGACUUGCUGCAGAUACUUUAAAGUCUAUGAUUUUGAAUGGUGAAAGUUGCAGUUAUGACUUUGCUUUUGUGGAUGCUGAGAAGCGAAUGUAUCAGGAAUAUUUCGAGUUGCUGCUACAGCUGAUAAGAGUUGGAGGGGUUAUUGUGCUUGAUAAUGUCCUCUGGCAUGGGAAAGUUGCUGAUCCAUUGGUAAAUGAUGCCAAGACUAUUAGCAUAAGGAAUUUUAACAAGAAUUUGAUGGAGGAUGAGCGCGUAAGCACAAGUAUGGUUGCAAUUGGUGAUGGCAUAAUAAUUUGUCGGAAGAGAUAGAUAAACAAAGGAAACAUUCUUUGCCCACAUGCAAAUGCAACAAGCGGAAGAAACUUAUUCUUGUGAGAAUUAGCUUUAUUUGGGAAGUGGUUACAAGUCUUUAUAACAUAGCUACGAUUGUUUCACUGGCAAACCACCAAGUAAAAUGUCGAAGUCCCUUACAUUUACCUUCAGGUAGUGUCAUGGUUCAGCUUUAAUCGGAUACUAGUGCAUGAAGCACACCCAACGUGUGUACGACUAAUGAAAAUAAAAACAUAUGUUAAAAAAGUAAUUUUUUGUUGAAA